GUUCUGCGGUUUUGCUGAGGGCGAACGUCGUAAACCUCCGUUUGAGGCCGCGAUGCUGAUUUGCGACAGUUUCACAAACAUACAGCCGUCGCACUUUACGGGCGAGUCUGUCGCUCGCUGGGCUGAGCCGGGCAGCCGCCAGAAGGAAAUGCGCAUUGGACUGCCCAGUGCAGAGACACUGCAAGGUGGAUCCUUAAAAGCUUUAAUUUUGACGGUGCUCCUGAGUGUGUUUAUGUUCCAGCUGCUGAGGACUGUUGGACUGAGGGCGUUCUCCAUGGCAUCCGAGACGUACAUGUCGGGCACACACUCUGCUGCUUUCGUCACCUGCCCUAACGAUACAGUAGCUAAAGACUUGGCCAGGGGAAUUGUGGAAAGGAAGCUAGCUGCUUGCGUCAACAUUGUCCCAGCGAUCAAAUCUGUUUAUGAAUGGCAGGGGAAGAUUGAGGAGGACAAUGAGGUGCUUCUGAUGAUUAAAACAAGAAGUUCCAAGGUGCCUGCCCUUGCUGAAUAUGUCCGCUCCAACCAUCCUUACGAAGUGGCCGAGGUGAUCAGCCUGCCUAUCGACCAGGGCAACCCGCCCUACCUCAAGUGGAUAGGAGAAGUCGUACCUGAAUGAGGGUGGCCUGAUGGAUGCGGGGAAGCAUUUAACGGAUGGAAGGAUGUUAAAAAUGAAUCUGAAAUAAUGUGAAACCUGCUUUUCAAACACGCAUCCAGUGCUUCAACAGAUGAGACACCGUCUGAACACUACCAUCCAAAUCUGUAAUGUUGCAUUAGACCGAGGGAAUACAAAGUGCUCAUCAAGUAAAUACAUUGGGCGUUUUGAAAUUAAUAAAACUCAUGUUUUCUAAAAUAUUUCCUGUUUUGCUUUGUUCAACAAUGAUUUGAAACAACGAUUUGAGGCCUGAAAAUGAAUGAUUUUUUUUUUUUUUUUUUUUCCCUUAUAGUAUCUUUACCUCUAGAGGGCAGCCUAGGUCUCUCAUGUUGAAAGAUAACCAGGUGCAGAACAAACUGGGCUUCAGUUUCGGCUUGUUUGAACCUUCCGCUAAGGUGUUUGAAGAGAACAGACAUUGGUUAGAUCUCUGAUUUUGAAAUAAA